ACGAAAAUAAUUAGUUAUAAAAAAUCAGAAAGAUCGCGUACUGUUCUCUGUCAAUCGUCCAGGUCUCAGUCUUCAAAUUCUGCUUAGGGUUUCGAGAUCGACUUUCCAAGAUUCGAGUUUUUUUACAGACUGCAUCUCGGACUUCAGUUUCUCAAACAAUGGUGAAGCCGAGGCACUCUCGCAUGUCGACGCGGAAGUCGCCGUCGUCGACUCUUGCUCUCACUAUGCUUCUCAUCUUCACUUUCGUGAUCCUGAUCCUCCUCGUUCUCGGGAUCCUCUCGAUUCCCAGUUACUCAGGAGAAUCUUCCAGAGCUAACGAUCUCAACUCAAUUGCACGGAGGAAUGCCGACAGGAGGGAGGGAGAUGAGGAGAGAGAAGAGCAGUGGGUGGAAGUGAUCUCUUGGGAGCCUAGAGCCUUCGUGUAUCAUAAUUUCUUGACCAAGGAGGAAUCUGAGUAUCUCAUCAAUCUUGCCAAGCCUCAUAUGCAAAAGUCAACAGUUGUUGAUAGUGAAACUGGAAAGAGUAAGGAUAGCAGGGUGCGCACAAGCUUUGGGACAUUCUUAACUAGAGGACGUGAUAAAAUGAUUAGGAAUAUUGAGCAAAAGAUUGCAGACUUUACCUUCAUACCUGUAGAGCAUGGUGAAGGACUACAAAUACUCCACUAUGAGGUUGGACAAAAGUAUGAGCCUCACUUUGACUACUUCAGGGAUGAGUACAGCACAAAGAACGGGGGUCAACGUAUAGCUACGGUUCUUAUGUACCUGUCAGAUGUUGAAGAAGGUGGCGAGACAGUGUUCCCUGCUGCCAUAGGCAAUUUUAGUACUUUGUCCUACUGGAAUGAAUUAUCUGAGUGCGGGAAAAGGGGGCUUUCUGUUAAACCAAAAAUGGGAGACGCAUUGCUUUUUUGGAGCAUGAAGCCUGAUGGCACACUAGAUCCAUCAAGUUUGCAUGGUGGUUGCCCACUGAUUAAUGGUAACAAAUGGUCGGCUACAAAAUGGAUGCGUGUCAAUGAGUACAAGAUUUAAGUUGCGCCUGAAAGGUUAAAAAUUUGGCUUCACCUAGUUGCUGCGAAGUAAGUUGUGUCUCAGCAAAGAAUUCAGCUCAUAUGAUUUUGUAAGAAGCUCAACCUUGCUGAUGUUCUGCCAUCCGUACGUGCACUUUUUUGUUGGAGCCUUUCAAACAUGACUGAUCAAAUAAGGUGCUGUAUGUUCAAUGGGUACUCGGAGAAUCAAAUAAGGUUGACACUGGUUGUUCAUGGAGACAUCUUCUUUGCUAAAUGGGAAAGCAAGAACUAUGAUGUAAUGAAUGUAUGUUAUGCUCGUUGUACAACUCUAUAGAUUGAAUUUAAACAAAAUAAUUUCCCUUUUGCUACUUU